AUGGAUGGGUUAAGCUGGCCAAGCAUUGGUACUAGACAAAGACUAAAUGAAACAAAUGAUCAAAAAGAGGAACGUAAAAGAAAACUUGCCGAAGCUGUUAAAACAAUGAUAGAAUGUCUUGGCGAAGAUCCCAAACGUGAAGGUUUAUUAAAAACUCCUGACAGAUAUGCCGAAGCAUUAAUGUUUUUUUCAAAAGGUUACGAAGAAAGUGUUGAACAAAUCAUAAAUGAUGCAAUUUUUGAAGAAGAUCAUGACGAAAUGGUAAUUGUAAAAAAUAUUGAUGUGUUCUCAUUAUGUGAACAUCAUUUAGUUCCCUUUACUGGAAAGAUAAGUAUAGGCUAUAUUCCAAAUCGUCGUGUUCUUGGUUUGUCAAAAUUAGCAAGGAUUGCUGAAAUGUUUUCAAGGAGACUCCAAGUACAAGAACGUUUAACAAAACAGAUUGCCAAAGCUCUGCAAGAAAUACUUAAACCACAAGGUGUGGCUGUUGUCUUGGAAGCAAAUCAUUUAUGUAUGGCAAUGCGUGGAGUACAAAAACCUGGAAGUACUACAGUGACAAGCGUUAUGUUAGGUGUAUUUAGAGAGCAAGCUAAAACAAGAGAAGAAUUUUUAACUUUAAUAAAAAGUUGA